UGUUGGGUGUGUGACACACUGACAGUUCUGUGUCAGUCCGGUUACCCGUAGUAGUAAUAAUAAUAAUAAUAAUAAUAAGAUAAUAAUAACAAUAAGAGUGUAUUAUCUGAAGGAUUAAUGGAUUCGUAUAAACGCUUCAGCGACGCGGACUACAGGAACUGGCUGCAGGCGGCGGAGAGUCUGUACAUACUGCGGAGUCUCAUUCGCGACUUUGUGGAAAACGAAACCGAAAAAUAUCACAAGUCUCUCCAGGAAAAACUAAAGGACGACGUUUGCCAACAUAAUUGUAGUCUCCAUAAAUGGAGAAAACCGAACAAGUUUCCAAUUUGUAAUAAUUGUGAGAAGUGGAAAGAUGAAAUCUUGAACAACCACAAUCAUAAAGGUAUUGACAUACCAUGGAGCAACUGCCAGUCAUACCGGUGGCCUACAGACAAGUGGGAAGUGGCCAAGGUUUAUAUGCUACGUGGAAUAAAAAACCAUCACAGUUUUGACCAGCUCGACAUCUCUUCCAUUCUAAACUUCAUGAAUCACUGCAAGCACUUUAAAGGCUUUGCAAAUGGGCAGCAACUCACCAAGGUCAUCAAUGUGAGAAACAGCGUGAUGCAUUCCCCUGACUUUAGGUUCAGCAAAAAGGAGCUGGAUGACAGUAUAAAGAAUGUUCUGGAGCUGGCUAAGAGUCUCGAGAAUUGUGUACCUGACCUUAAAACAAUAUCAAAAAAUAUACAACAGUUUAAGAACAUUUUGAAGAAGUGUAGUGAACAGGGUUCCCAGAAUAUAGAAGACAGCAAGGAGGAAACUCUAAAGCUGCUAGACAGAGAGCAGCAGGCCAUGAAGGAGAAGAUUGAGUACCUGGCACAACGCUGUGAAGAAGAUCAAGACGCUGAGCUUAAAAAUGAGCUGCAAGGCAUGAAAGAUUUUCUGGACCAAAACAAAGAUUUGCUGGAGAAUUUGCGCCCUCAAGUAAACCGGUUGAAUGAAAUACAAGAGAAGGUCGAGAAGCAUGAGGAGGAUAUCAACAAACUAGCUAACAUAGUGGACCGGCUUGUUGCACCUGACCCAGUGUUCAGUGGUGAUGUACUUAAGUUCAAGAAUCACGUGUUUGAAGAGGCCCGAAAAAGAAACAUGCCAGAGCCUGAAUUUACAGAGGAAACUGAAACUAGUGGUUACAGGGGUAGUGUAAAAGUGAACGGACGUACAUUUCAAGGUUCCCAGGUUUGUAUUAACAAAAAAACAGCCCACCAAGAGGUUGCUAAGAUAGCACUGGAAUACAUGAAAGAUCACCCUGAGUGGAAAGUAGAGACAUCUGAAAUCACUUCAAAGGUAUCCGAAUCUACAUCAUCCUCAGCCUCCAUCUUUUACGGUGUUGUGACGGUGGUCCUCAACAACCAAGAGGUUGUCUCUGAUAAAUGUGUUCAAGAGAAGGAAGCCAUUGAAUCAGCUUACAGGAAACUAGCCAAUCAGUUUGGCCUGACUUCUUUAGAAGGUAUUAAUUUUAGGGCAGCACUCCUGGAGCACUUUAAGAAGUGUAAUUUCCCACCACCAGUGGAAUCCCCUUUUUACCAAGAUGAUAAGAGCUUGUGCAAGCUUAUGCUAAGUGGCCCUUUCACCUUUUAUGACGAAGAUGGAUCCUUAAAGAAGAAGCAGGCAGAACAGCAGGCAGCUAAGGUUGCCCUGCAAAGUUUGUCAGGGCUCUUAAACUGCAGGUCUCUGGCUAAUGCUGGUGACAAUUGGAAAGGAUUUCUUAAGGAAUGUCUCGAUGCCAUUAAUCUGCCGCAACCUGACUAUGCUUUUACAAAAGGCAAAGUAUGCACCAGUCAAGAAGCAGAGGUUCCCACUACUGGUGAAGACAAUUCGCAGAUAUCUACUACAAAGGAAAUUAUCAAGAAUGACAGCCUUCAAGCUAAAAAUCUGGUCAAUGUGGUGCAGGAUCUACCCACAGUAGAUACAGUCAGUGCUGUUUUUGAGACAAAAACACUGGACUCCAGUCCACCAGACAUGACCAGCCAAGCCCACACAAUGUCUUCUACAGUGUAUUAUGGUAUUGUGACUGUGGACCUCCACAACCAAGAGGUUAUGUCCGAUGGGUUUGUCCAAACGGACGAAGCCAUUGACGCAGCUUACAAGAAACUAGCCUGUCAGUUUGGUCUGAGUUCUCUUGAAGGUAAAGCAGCAGUUCUGAAGCAUUUUUGCAGAUAUAAUUUUCCACCACCAUUGGAACUCACAAUUUGUAAGGAUGAUAAAACCUUCUGCAAACUCCAACUCUGUGGGCCUUUUAAAUUCUCUGACAAAGAUGGGUCUUCAAAGAAGAAACUGGCAGAACAACAGGCCGCUAAGGUUGCCUUGCGACAUUUGUCUGGACUCUUUAACUGGAGUUUUCAGGCCGAAGCUGGCAAAAACUACAUAGGUUUUCUAAAAGAACGUCUAGAAGCCAACGGUUUGAAGAAACCUGAAUACAGUUUUACAACAAACAGAGAAGAUGUCGCUGUAGAACUUGAGAGUUCCUCUACAAAUGAUGAAAAGUCAUGCUUACCAACCCCACAUGCAAUUAGCAAGAAUGAUAGCCUUCUGUCCAACAGCAGCGUGACUGUGGUCCAAGAUCCACCUACAGCAAGCACAGGCAAUGUUGUUGACUAUCAGGAGAUGGAAACACUAGACUCCAGUUCUCCAGAGAUGCCCAGUCAGACCCCCAAAAUGAAUUCUAUAGGAUCUAUGCAUUAUGGUAUUGUGACUGUAGUCCUCAACAAACAAGAGGUUGUGUCUGAAGCAUGUGCUCAAGAGGAGAAAGCCAUUGACUCUGCUUACAGGAAACUAGCCUGUCAGUUUGGCCUGACUUCACAUGAAGGUAAAGCAGAAGUGCUGAAGUAUUUUCAUGGAUGUAAUUUCCCACAACCAUCCGAAAUCCUAGUUCGUGAGAACGAUAAAAUCUCCUGCAAACUCCAGCUCACUGGGGAUUUCACAUUUUACGACAAAGAUGGCUCUUCAAAGAAGCAACAGGCAGAACAACUGGCAGCUAAGGUUGCCCUGCAACAAUUGUCAGGACUCCUCAACUACAGUUUUGAGGCUGAAGCUGGCAAAAACUACAAAGGUAUUCUGAAGGAAUGUCUGGAUGCUCUUCAACUCGAAAAUCCUGUUUACAAAUGUAAAGUAAAGCGAGAAGCCAGUAAAGAAGUAGAGAGUCCAAGCACAAGUGGAGAUAAUUCACACUCAUCCUGCAAGACAGCCAUCAGCAAGACAUUUUGUCUUCAACCAAACGACAGUGCCAAUCAGGAGUGCCUGGAGCCAAAAACCCAGGAUGCAAUCCCUUCUAACAAAUCCAGCAUAUCUGACCCCGCAUUUGAUUAUUUAGCCAUCAGGACACUUUUACAAUUGUAUAAUCUCAAGCCUCCAUCUGUAACAGUAGAACGCCUCCACACUGAGACGAUUUUAAGCUGUCAGGUCGACAUAAACUUGGACGAAUUCACGUUUCAAAACAACAAUGACUACACUGUCAAGAAAGAUGCCAUUCGUAAAACCUAUUUUUUGCUUGGGAAUGCACUGGGAAUUGCUGAAUUAGAUGAAAACAACGCUUCCAUGCUGGUAAAACAAACGUUUUCCCAGAAGUCUCUCCCACAUCCUAGGGAAGACUUUGAAGAUAAGAAGUGCACCCUUUAUGGUAUAAAAUACAAUGUACUCUAUGAUGGAAAAGGCUUGACUGAGGCAGAGGCAAAACAGGAUGCUCUGCAGAAAGCUCUGGAUGCUCUAACCUUGCUCUUUGGGUUCAAGUCCUUGCCAAAAUGUACCACAGUUGAGAAAACAGAGGAUCAGAUUAAUACCUUACUCAGAACAAAAGGUCAAAAAGAACUCAGUUAUUCACAUAGACGUACCGGGUAUAAAAGCUCAAUCGAGCUCAUGUUCAACAAUUACAGCAUGGAGAGCACACGGGAAAAGAAGAAAAAAGAAAAUGCCAAUUAUCUCAGUAGAUGCAUUUUGGGCCUGCUAGCAGUGGAGACAGAACCGAACACUGUAUCAUUAAGAAACUGUCUAGAUGAAUGGUUUAAACAGAGGAACCUGGUGCAGCCUGUGUUUGAGAACGUGGGGGAGGCUCGUGGAGUGAAAGUCACGUUUUCUGUCAGAGUUUCCUGCUCAAAUCCAAACUAUGAAGACAGUGUGGAAGUUGCAGAAAACAAGUUGGCCGAGGAACUGAAGAAAAGGUUGAAUCAUCUGACUGAUUAAGAUGAGGAGUAUUAUGAGAUUUGCUAUGCAGAUUUUUUUUUCAUAUGCCAAUGUAUAAUUUUCCAAGGUAACAUUAUUUUAUUGCUGACACUUUAUAAGCCUUAUGUAUUAAUUACAAAAUAGUCUGUGACCUUAAAAUUACCCAGUUAUUUAUUAUCCUGACCAUCAGCUAUCAAUACAUGUAGAAUGUCACCCCAUUUUUAAAGACAUCUGUUGUGAAACGGUUCCUUUACAAAAUCAUUUGGACGGAUCUGUUCUUUGAUGAUGUAUUUCAGUAUGACCUCAUAUGCUGCUUUUUAGUCUGACCUACAUUUUCAUGGUAAGUAGGUUGUUGCCUUGUCAUGAAAAUGUUUUUUAUAAACCAACAAACAUUUGCUGAAAUGCUUAAUAAUUAGGGUAGUAUGUAAAUUUUUUUAAAUUAGCAAUAAUCUAAAGUUCAUUUUUAUCAGGGUUAAAUAGGAGCUAGAAACCUCUACAGUUCACCUUUGUAUAAUGUAUGAACUGCUAUAAUGUACUUUAGUCGUGUCUAAAUUUAAAAAAUAGUUAAAUGAGCUCUUUGUACGUAACGAAAAAAAUGCAGCCAGGGAUUUCUGUCAAUUGGCUUUCCGCGAGUAAAUGGUCUGACUGCAAAACUUGAUAAGUGCCAUUUUUUAGACUUUUAAUUAAUCUUGCAAAUUAUUUUUCUCAGACACUCAAAACAUGAUGUACAGUGGAACCUUGGAUUAUGAGCAUAAUUCGUUCUGGAAGUGGGCUCGUUUUCCAAAACACU